AUCGCAGUGCAUCGAUCCACGGUUAACAGACAAAAGAUCCCUGCAUGCGAGUGUUUUUAGCCUUUGUGUAUUUCGGAGUUUCGUCCUUUUGUCACCUUUCCCUUCAUCAUCUUACAACCACUUUACAAAAUUAUGGAGCAGGGCGGAAUAAAUUUCGAUGAAAUUUUGUUGAAGGUGGGAGAAUUCGGUCGGUACCAGAUCUACAUUUAUAAUAUUCUUUGUCUCUUCAUGUUUGUCCCACCUUGGCACACUCUCGCUAUUUACUUUCUCUCUGGUACAGCUGAACACUGGUGUAAGAUACCAGAAUGGGAUUCAGUGGACUGCGAGAAUAUCGGUCUAAAUUCAACCAGGGAAUGCAUCUUAGCGAAAAGAGAGGUCGGUAUCCCUUCGAAUCUUUCUUCCAACGGUGGGGUGAUCUUCGACCAGUGUCAUCGGUACAAUGUCGGUGACACUGCUUUCAAUUCCUCUCUCAGAUUUGGAGAUGAUACCAUCAUCCCUUGUGAUGCUGGAUGGGAAUAUGAUGUAGAUUAUUCAACAUCCACUAUCGAUUUAGAAUUCAACCUCGUGUGUGGUGCCAGCUACCUUCCUUCUGUAUCACAAUCUCUAUUUUUUGCUGGUGGUGCCGCGGGUUCGGUCGUAGUAGGCUUUGUUGCUGACAGAAUAGGACGCAAGCCGACAACCUUUAUCUGUCUAGCCAUAGCUUCUACUUCUGGUGUGAUCAUGGCUUUCUCCAUUAACAUCUGGAUGUUCUUGAUUUUCCGCACUUUGACCGGUGCUUUCAUAUUUGGAGUUUCAACAGUAUCAUAUGUAUUCGCAAAUGAGUUCGUGGGUCCUUCUAAACGGAAUGUAUCUGGUGGCUUCGCCUGGGUUUAUUUUUCGUGUGGAUACAUGUGUCUAGCUCUCUUGGCUUACUUCAUUAGGAAGUGGCAUCACCUUCAGCUCGUAAUAUCGCUUGCACCCCUCUCUUUAUUCGCAUUUUAUAUGUUUUUACCAGAGUCUGUACGCUGGUUGUUAUCACAGGAUCGUUCUGACGAGGCUGUUGAGAUUAUCAGUAAAAUUGCACACGUCAACAAAAUUACUGAUCCUUUUAUAGCAGGAAGGAGUGACUUGAAUACAAGUAGUUCUGAUCGUAAGAGUGAACCGGAGGAAAUUGAACAAAAAUUCACGGAUCUUUUACGAAUGCCACUUCUACGAAAAUAUUUCUUCAAUGUCAUGUUUAACUGGAUCGUGAACACCAUUGUCUACUAUGGUCUAUCACUCAGCACCAACACACUUGGAGUUAACAUUUAUAUAGCUUUCGCGAUCGCUGGUGCAGUGGAGAUUCCGGGAAAUUUGGUAGUGAUCUAUCCCAUAGAAUAUUUUGGACGACGUCCCUCAUAUGUGUUCUUCAUGCUUGUAGGAGGGGUAGCCUGCCUUGCCACAAUCUUUAUUCCACAAGGACCCUGGAGAAUAACAGCGGCUAUGGUAGGAAAGUUCGCUAUCACAGCUUCGUUCAACAUCAUCUUCUUGCUUGCUUGUGAAAUAUUUCCAACACCCGUCAGGAAUUCAGCGCUUGGUAUUUGCCGACUUGGAUCCAAUGUCUCCAGUAUCCUCUGUCCUUUCAUCCUGCUUCUUGGUAAUAUAUGGAAGCCUUUACCCCUAACCGUCUUCGGAACGAUGACUCUUCUGGCUGGAGGACUCGCUAUUCAUCUCCCCGAAACCCGCGGCAAGAAACUCCCCGAAACUCUAGAAGAAGGAGAAAAUAUAGGAUGGAAAGCACAACCAAGAAAUGAUUUCCAAAGGGCGCCACCUGUUGCAUUUUCGGAGCUCAAACAAGACUUGGAAGAUUCAAGUGAAUAAAAAACGAUUGUGAAUUGAGUUUCAAAGAGACCGCCAAUCUAGGAAAUAUGACAGAAUGGCAACUAUUAAUGUUUACACAGUUCGGAGGUCGGGUAUCAAGUGUGCUUUCAGUCAAUCCCUCAUACGCACAAAUCGUGCUGCUUAACCCUUUGCGCGCUGAUGUUGCAAUCUUGCACAUUUGUACAAUCAAAUUCAACAAUCGUAAUAAUUAGUUUUCUCCCCUACCUUCAAAUUAAAUAAGGUAAUAAAAGACAAUACUAGUAGUUCUUGGGAUAACAUUUACAUAAUAAGUAUCAAUGGUGCAAUAUGGAAAUCUUGAAUUAAAGAAAAUAACAUGGCAACAAUUGUCAUUAUUAUUAUCCCCAAAAAAUUAAUUCAGCAUGCAAAGAGUUAAAGGGUUAAUCUUGAUUAAUGAACGGAGGCAUAUUAGUAUGCAAGUGGCAAAGUAUAACUCCUUCUCCAGGUAUAUCGAAUAACGACAGACCUUUAAUCAUCUUAUUUUUAAUGUAGUGAUGACAUUGAUCUAUAUCUAUUUCAUUCGAAUUAUUUAAUGUAUGAACUGAUGAGUUUUACACGGCUUUAUCACUUUGUAAUCUAACUAUGAUUUAGAGAUUUUCAUAAAUAUUAAUCUCAACCGAGGCAUUUUAUGUAACGUUGAGAAGUGCCUCAGCCCACAAAUUAUCGAUAAUGUUUUGUGUAUUUUGAACAUGUGCUACUUAGAACAUGUAAAAUAUGAAUCUGAAAUAUCAAUGUUCAUAAAGAAAAGUAACUGAAAUGCUGCUCUUCAAAAAUGAAAGUUGAAUUGUGUGCACAUUAUUAUUUAUUAAUCCACGAAGUGUUUGAUAUAUUUUUGCUUUUAAUAUUUUGUUUUCCUGUGCUAUAUAGACUCAUAUUUGUAAUGCACGUCUAUGUAAUGUACCUAUAGCAAUUGAGUCUUGGAACUCUUGUUGGAAUGCUCCUCAGAGAUUCGAGAAAGUGCAUACAUUGUGCGGGCAUGUAAUGAUCCGAUAACCGGGGUAAUAAUAAUUGCUAUGUAAAGCGCUUAGAAACUCAAAGUAUUAAGCGCUAUAUUAAUGUAACUUUAUUACUGUUACUGUAUUAUUAUAAUUUUAACUUCGUAAUUUUGCAAUCACGAUCACAAACAAUACCUAAUUUUGUGCCAAGUGCUCUUGAUCUCCCCUUCUCUUCUAAUUCCCUCUCCGCAUUUCUCACUCUCCCCCUCCCUCCCACUCUCUCUCUCUCUCUGUCACUCUUUUCCUAUCUCUUACUAUAGGUAUGUUUGUCUUCAAAAUGAUUGUCGGUGAGGGUUGUGGAACGAUGGGCUUUAAACUUUUAUUAGCCAUCCUUACUUUGUAUGAAUUUAAAUUAAAUAUCAUCCUUUCAUGAAUUUCGUUGCAUAUAAUGUUGACAGAAAAAUAAAUCGUUGCCAAGUCCAUUACUGAACUAUCGAAUUUUCAAACAAGUUCAUAGGAACAAUUUCAAUUUGGGGUACAAGGCCCUUAAGUUUUGAAAGACAUAUUUGCCAUUACGUAUAUACAUGUAUUUUCUAUUAAAAAAAAGAUUUUCUCUCUUAUAAUUCCCAUCGUAAAGUCUAAGGAAUGUGAACACAAAGAAAUAUUAAUGCAAACAGGUUCCAGCAAAUUGCACUGUCAUAUUAGAAUGGUGAAGCUUAACCGAAAUGUGCUGUUAAUCAUAUUUACUUUGCAUUAAACAAAUAGAUAGAGUUCUUAUUUUGCAAAUUUGUUUUUUGGUAAAGGACAUGGGCAAUUUUGGCAGAAAUACGCAAACAAAAUUGACAUACUGAAUGAAGGGCAUUAACAUCUAAAGAAAUAAAGUAAAGUUCCGACGCUGCUCUUUUGUUAGAAAAUGAAAUAUGAUAAAGAAAACAAAAUGUGUUUUACUUACCAAUACUUGUAUUUUGAAGUGGGAGAUUUUGUAUUAAAAUGUUCAUGUUUUUAAUUUAAGUAAUGCACUAUUUUUAUUAUAUUCAUAUUGAAUGUUUCAUAAAUGCAUUGCAACAUGGUUAUAUUGCAAUUAUUUGCCUGUUUGAUUUUCUGUCAAUAAUAUAUUAGACAUAAAUUUAAUGAAAUUUAUUAGGUAAUGACAUUAUUUUAUACCUGGUGCAUUCUUGAAAAUAAAACAGAAUGUAAAUUUCAAUUAAGUGAGUGUUUUAUACUACACCCU